AAUCCCGAUGGGAUGGCGUUAUUGGAGCUCAAGGAGGGGUUCAAUGGCACCAACUGGAUGCUUAGAAGCUGGACGGAGAAAGACCCAAAUCCCUGUGGUUGGGCUGGAGUUACUUGCCAUUUACCUGAUCUUAGAGUUAGAUCAAUAAGUCUUCCAUACAUGCAGCUUGGCGGCAUUAUUUCUCCUAGCAUUGGCAAGCUGACGAGGCUGCAUAGACUUGCUUUACAUGAGAACAGCCUUCAUGGACCGAUUCCUGUAGAGAUCAAGAACUGCACCGAGCUGAGAGCUUUGUAUUUGAGAGCUAAUUACCUCCAAGGAAGCAUUCCUCCUGAGAUUGGGGAGCUUAAACAUCUCACUAUUCUGGAUUUGUCAAGCAAUCUUUUAGUGGGCACUAUUCCUCCUUCCAUUGGCCAGCUUACGCAGCUUCAUUUCCU